CAUCGUCCUUCCUUUCGAUGCCCUUCCGUCGCCCGGCUCGUCAACGUCGUAAAUCUUGUGCUCGUCGGGAUUGAUUUUCGUCUUCUUUCCUUGAUCCCUUCCAAGCGACUAUUUACCGUUGGCUGUUCAUGUCUCACAGCUCCAACCGCUUCAGACCGGCGAUGCGCUCCACCACGCCUUGAAAACGGUUCACACGCCACGCCCGUUUGGUACCUUCGCGCCAGAUUCGCCUAUGACAUAGUGGAGCUUACAAACUUGUCACCACCGAACAGAACAGAUCUAUUCCAGCUUGGGUCUGAAUAUUAUGGACGACCGAAGGCACUCUGGUCUGUGGAGAAACGGCAUCGCGCCGCAAGCGGAUGCCCUGGACCAGGACGAUCAACCCGGUCCUUACCAAUACUACCAACCACCACCUCGCGCUUCUGACACGAUCAAGCGCUCCUUCUCGCAGCGAGCCGCCGGCGCAGAUCCCGUCCCAUUUGAUGAGCACACGACUACGCCUCGGACAGGUCGACUCGAGCAGCAGAACCACCUUCUGUCCGCAGCACAGGCCCUGAAUGCGAAAGUCUCAGAGCCCUUGGGAUCGACGUUGAAUUCGGAUCCGGAGACCCUUUCCGCGUUGUUGUCUCAGACGCAGCAUGUGAACGCGCUCUCCUCGCCCGCUCUGCAGCCGCAGCCGCCGCCAGCCCAAAUAGAUCCGGAAUAUGUCCCAGACAACCUGCGCGCCAGGGUAUGGUCACCAGGGCCGGCCGUCGCGCAGAAUGACCUCCCCAUCUCGCCGAUCGUUGAAUCCACACCGCCAGCUCAGCCCAAGACACGACAGGUUUCCGGUGCAUCGAACGCCUCGGAGAGCAUAAGAAGGACAUCGGUUUCGGAUCGGAGUCCGCUGCAGCACCUGGAAUCGUGGACCAAGCAGGAGAAGCGGGCGAGAGUGGCGGAAGCCGAGAAACGAGCUCAGCAGAAGAGCGUGAGGAACUCCACGGACGGCGAGCAUGCUGGGCAGGAUAAUCCGCAAACUCACCAACACCGAAUCGUGAGCGACGGCGUCUCGCGCGAGCACAGCCAACGAGAUCGGGCCGCGAGACACUCUCGACAAGCGAGCGAGGGUGCCGUCCCUCGCGAUCGGACUGACAGCAUUCGCGAGACGGUACGCAAGCAGAUCACUUCGCCGCCGCAGCAAUCAUCACCAACGAUGGCGAAACGUGGGCAACCAUCAAACCCUGACACAGGAUCGGCGCCGCGCACUACGAAGGGGAUGAACGCAGCUCCCGCAGACCCAUCAAGGCGGCAGGGAAGAGUCUACGGGAGCGGUCCUCGAGAUGGGGCGAGCGCCGCGAACGACGCUGCGGCCGAGCGGGGCAAGGCUGCGUAUGAGCGUCGAAAAUCGCAGAUGGCAGAACAGCUGCCAUCACCGACGAGCCCCAUCUCGCCGGUGACGGCCAAUGGCUUUCAGGGCGGAUACGGCGGGAUGCUUGACGAUGGCCGAAAUCCGAACCAGCACGAGACGGGUGGCCCUCGAGGAUUGGGCACCACCAAGCACGCUCUCCAGACAUCGCGAAUCGGCGGCUCGAAAAAAGCGGACGGCGGGGCAGACGGAGCUGGAAUCCUUUCACCAGAACAGGCUCUGAAUCCCAAGAACAACGGUGUCAAAUAUGCGUUGCCGCCACAGACAGCUACCGCACAAAAGGCCAGACAGCAGGUGGGCUUCGGCGUGGAUGAGCACCCGAGUGCCGACGACAGCGCGCACAAGCACCACCGCUUCGGUGACUUUUUCCACCACGCAGAAUCUCGAUCCUACCAAGACACUUCGAAACCGCUUGACGACUGGCGGCAUGCGAGCAUCGCGAGGCUGACGGUGGAAGAUCUCUAUUUCGAACAGACCAACGCAGCCGCUGCAGCUGCCGCUUCCGCAGCCGCGAACAGAGAAGCCAACGAUGCAGCAUGGUGGGAGAAGAAUCAGCACACACGCGCGAGCUGGGCCAGCGGAGUGCCGGAUCUUGAGCAGUACAGCGGCGCAUACGAGGAACACGCGCUCGGCUUCCAGCCAAGAUUGUUCCUCAAAUGUGGCCCCUUGCUCCGCUAUACUGGUAUUCGUACUGAAGCAGCGGUACCUGCUCGGCACAGCCGUGAAAACACGGUCCCAUCAAAGGAAGUCUGGCGGGGAAGUAUCAUGAUCGUGACCCACGACGAACGAUCGGACUUCUCGCGCACACCGGUCCUGCGGAUCUUCGCGCAGCCGUCGGACCUGCUCGUGCCUCCGUCGCACCGUUCCGAGGAUGAAAAGGCCAUUUCCUCUACACAUGAGGACCCACUUGCAGGUCAGGUCAAAAUCUCGCGCACUGGUCGCGUCCUAUAUGUUCGGCCUGUGGAUGACAUCGAACAAGGAGUCGAUCUGAGUCGUGAAGAAUCCAACCAUGGACUUUUCGCAGCUACGCGCGUUCCCCCACGAGGGACAAAGCCAGCCAUAGGUGCAGAUGGCAAGCCAGUCAAUCCGCAGAACCGCGUAAAAGCUCGGGACGGAGAAAAGGCAAAGCGGUAUCGAGAGGUAAAGGGAUUCCGCCUUCACAUCGAGCAAGGUCACACCUUUUGGCGGUUCAACGUGGAAAUCGAACUGGGAAGUCAACAGCAGCGAAUCGCCUAUCGCAUCAACAAAGGACCCGCCAUGUCCUUCUGGGUGCCUGCUCGGGGCGAGACCAUGAACGCCAUGUUCCAUUCCUGCAACGGUUUCUCCGUCAGCGUCGAUCCUGACGAGUUUUGUGGACCAGAUCCGUUAUGGCGCGAUGUACUCAACAGACAUCAGAGUCGUCCCUUCCACCUGAUGAUCGGUGGUGGCGACCAGAUUUACAACGAUGCGGCGAUGAGAGACACCACUCUUUUCCGACAGUGGCUCCAUGUCAAGCCCACCCUCGAUCACAAAUACACCGCCGACUUCACUGAGGAGUUGCAGCAUGAGCUCGAGCAUUUCUACCUUGAGCGGUACUGCAUGUGGUUCUCCCAGGGACUGUUCGGAAUGGCCAACUCGCAGAUUCCGAUGGUGAACAUCUGGGACGACCACGACAUCAUCGACGGCUACGGGAGUUAUCCCGAGCGAUUCAUGGGUUCGAAGAUCUUCACGGGCCUAGGUGCGGUGGCUUUCAAGUACUACAUGCUUUUCCAGCACCAGAGUGUGGUCGCAGAGACGGAGAAAGAAGAGCCUAGCUGGUUGCUUGGUAGUCAGCCUGGGCCUUUCAUCAGUCAGUUAAGCCGAAGUGUGUUCUUGAAGCUCGGUCGCAAGGUCGCCUUCCUGGGCCUCGAUUGUCGCACGGAACGCAGGAGAGACGAGAUCCUGUGUCAGGGAACGUACGACUAUGUGUUCAAUCGGUGUCGGGCCGAGAUCAUCAAGGGUGAGACCAAACAUUUGAUCGUGUUGCUCGGCGUGCCCAUCGCGUACCCCCGUCUCAACUUCCUCGAGAACAUCCUGACCAGCCGAGUCAUGGACCCCGUCAAAGCCAUGGGCCGUGCGGGUAUGCUUGGUGGCUUCAUCAAUAAAUUUGAUGGCGGUGUGGAGAUCCUCGACGACCUGGACGACCACUGGACCGCCAAGCACCACAAGGCAGAGCGCAAUUGGUUCAUCCAGGAGCUGCAGGAGUUGGCUGCGGAGAAGAGCGUUCGCAUCACCAUUCUCGGUGGUGAUGUCCAUCUCGGCGCUGUUGGCCAAUUCUACACAGCCAAGAAAUUGGGAAUUCGUAAGGACAAGGAUCAUCGUUAUAUGCCAAACGUCAUCAGCUCGGCGAUUGUUAAUACGCCUCCGCCUACCAUGAUGGCUGACGUGCUCAACAAACGGAACAAAAUCCAUCAUUUGGACGACAACACCGACGAGGACCUCAUCCCGAUGUUCGAACACGACGUCGAUGGUAGCCGACGCAACAACCGACAUCUACUCCCACGACGAAACUACUGCAUGAUCAGAGAAUGGGUCCCGGGCUCGACUCCACCUCCUUCGCCCCGCCCGGAAAAAGCCCCACCGGCCAGAGCUGCGACCUUUGACGCUUUCGGGGCCAGCCACGGUGCGAAUGCCGAUCGCAAGUUCCCGCCCGGGUCGAUGAAGAGGACAAUGUCGUUGACCCGAGCCGGGAAUCUGGUGCGGAGAUUGUCAGGCUCGUCGAAGAGAAGGCCCUAUCCCCCCGUAUCGUUGCGCGACCCCGCAGCCGCACAAGACCAGCCCUCCCAUCCAACGAUGCAGCGUGCAAAUAGCCUCGGGGCUCAGGCCCCCCGCCACAACGCGAAUGGUGCAUCGGAAGAUGACUUCGAGCGGCCCACGUUCCUCCGCCGUCCGACGAAUUUAUCGGAGAAGGCCAUUCGCAAGGCAGUCGCCAAGGGCGGUCCAGAAGACAGCAUCGACAUGCAUGUCGAUCUCCGGGAUGGAUUGGAUAUCAGUCUUUGCAUGGAAAUCGACCAGCAUGACCCUGCCGGCGCCACAAUCCCGUACAGACUGCUCGUCCCAGCACUGGCCUACGGGGGUGCCGGCGAUCUCAACACGGCGCGAUUCUCAAGCCACCGCAAGAGCCUGAUUGAUCGUCUCCGAGGCUUCAGAUCUAGAGAAGCCCCCAAUACCAACCGGGCAAGUCAAGAUCCCUACGAAUACGACGACAGCAUCCAGCACAGCGGCAGCCGCACCGUCAGCAUCGCCUCGAACCACGUCGAUGCCGCCGCCGCAACAAGCCCGACCGCUCCCACCGCCGGGCUCGGUCGUACGAGCGCCGCACGAAACGGCGACCACAUCGCAAUGAACGACGGCUAUGACGACGACCAAGACGACUACUCUCAGCACCGCUCCUCCCAUCAUCACUCCUACAACCAAGGACUCACCCUCUCCCCGCCACCCAUCGGCACCGCCGCGACCACCACUCUGCCCACCCGACAACCCUCCACCCGCGCGCAAACCACCACCCCCCGCGCCGUCGCCGCCAAAGCCGCGCCCCGCCGCGCCACCCCCUACAACCCCAACACCGACCCCUACACCGACGACGACGAUGACGAAGACGACGACGACGACGAUGACGAAGACGACGACGACAACGGAACCGUCCUCUCCUCGGAGCAACAAUACCAACAACAACAGCAGCAGCAGCAACACGACCACUACCUCCCUCCCCCGCAGGCCAUGUCCUCCAGCCCGCCCGGACAGGGCGGUGGCGGCGGUGACUUCUUCCCCCACUCCUAUUCGGCACACGCCGAAGCGAAGGCUCCGCCGCGCAACGCCGCCGGCGGCUUCCUGAGGAAACUGUCGCUGCAGCAUGACCGGCGGGGCGCCGGCGACGACGAGAGGGGUUCGCCGGCAGCCGAGUACGCGGCGGACGAGCUCGGCCGGGGCGGCGGGAGCGUCCGGCGGAAAGGGUGGAAGAUUUGGAAAUCGUAGUCUCUGGAUGGAUGCACGUCGAUGCGGCGGGUCAUUUUGGGGGAUGGAUAGCGGGAGGGGGUUGCGUGACAUUAGGGGGGAAAUGGAUUUCAUGUGGAGGGAAAUAUGUACGGGGCAUGGUAAUAGUAGUCACGUCAGUCAGUCAGUCAGUCAGUCAGUCAGUGGUGUGAGUGUACUGUAUCGAUACGAGAAAUCCAUGACGAAGUUCCACACACACAGGAUCCUAGCUUUCGUUUCCAUCGUGCAAAAGUAGAAACGUGCGAUCAAGACUCGCUACCUCUGGUGAUGAUGCACACGGCACAUGCCACGGCUCCGACAUGAGAACGGCGUCCGCCUGUUUCCCGCAACCCCC